CCGGCGAUUAUCUGAGUUUAGCUUUCGCGUGGGAUGUGCGCUGAGGAAGCUGUCACAACCAGGAUUGCGCCGCCCUCACUGCUCCCUCACGACCCGAGAAUCUCAUCUACUGGGUGAUCGGCUUUAACAUUAUGUCAGCUCCCGCUUACAGAGCGCGCACUCCUCAUUGUCUCCCACGCUCACGCUCUGUCGAAAGAUUUGGGACCGUCGCAACAUUGACAAGGGUUGCAUCAGUGCCAAAUCUUUCAAGUUUCCAUGCCGGUGGUGGUAGAUAUCAAGGCUCUACUCUUUACAAAUACAGAAGAGACCAUGACGCGCUUGAUGAUUGGAACGUCGAUCGUUACAUGUUCUACACACCUUACUACUGGCCAACAUAUCGUUAUGCUGCUCGCCGUUCACUCUACGUUGAUCCCAUCCCGAACAGCUUGGGUUUCACCUAUCCCGAUUACUGGACCCGCUAUAAGUGGUACACUGACUGGUUAAAUCCCACUUACUGGCGUCGCCAUCGCGAUCCGAACUACGACAGUCCUCUGUGGAACAACUGGAGACCAUGGCAACUGGAUAGGUCUAAUAUCAAGCGUGCGAUCGAUAUGUAUCGUAAUGGUACUAUUGACUUCAAAACGCUCGACGACAAGUGGAUUACACCAUCAGCAUUUGGUAGAAAUGGUAAAGAUUGGGCAGACGUUUAUCUACCUGCUGCACGCUACGGAGCACAUCGCUAUUUCUACUCCUUCGCUUAAACUGGCUCCGGAUGUAGCGAGGCAGCGGUUCCGAAACGGAUCGGUUUUUGAUUGUAAAAAGAAGCAUAUAUGAAUGGUCAUGUAAGUGUACAUGGCUGUACAAAGUAAGAGAAGAAAUAAAAAUUUACCAUGAAA